AUGUUCAUGGUCUCAAAGCCUUCCUUCGGAACCGGAUGCUUCGCAUCCGCCUCAAGUUGCCAAAGUGAAUACAACGGAAAAAUUGAGAGUGACGCCGUCGGAAAGCAGAAAUCCUCGAUUGCCGGUCUCAAAGGAUCUCUUCGUCGCAACUCAUCGAAUCUCUCACAGGAUCUCUCGACUAGUGCUCAGCCAGAAAUUUGUCAUGCCGAUGCUACUAAUAUCGAAAUCAACUGCUCCUCAUCAGCCAGUCGUGCAUUCUAUGUACGUGUAGAGGUGCCAACCGGAGAGCACGGGCUCAUUCACUUCUCAUCAACAGAGACCACACAAGUGUUCACACCACUUCAGACCGGAUGUGGACAUGGAAUCUGGAAAUUCGUUGUGUGCACAAUGGAGAAUGGAAGUGAAAUCGCCCACUCCCAAGUGUCACGCAACCUCGACGGUGUCGGAAUCCUCUUCUUCAAUGUCUUCGAUGAUCUGGAAAUCCGUCUGACUCAGCAAGAGUUCCUCCACAUCAGCCACUGUCAUACCAUUCGUCAUUAG